AACAGCGGCCCUCGAACAGUUCCCUGUGAUGGGACGGAGCUGCAAAAGCUGUCCGACUUUCUGUGAGCGAGAGAGAGAGAGAGAAACCCCAUCGAGAGAGAGAGAGAAACCCCAUCUUCAACUCCUCAAUCGAUGAACCUUCCGCUGAUGGAUUGCCUGGUCACUGUCUCUACUGUUUGAUUCCUUCCUAGCUCGUCCGUCGGUGCAGGGUUUCUCUCCUAAAUCUGAAACUUGGUUCAUCGACUAUGAGGACUUCGUCCUUCUUCAGCAAAGCUUCGGGCUUUCUCCGCUCCCACGCUUCUUCCUCCAAGCUCUUGGUCCUCCUCAGUCUCAGUGCUGGGAGUUUUGUGGCAUACUCAGAUUCUCAAGCAGAGACCAGCACUCCUAACCUUGACCUUGCCCAGAAGGAUCCCAAGAAAAAGAGAAUUGUGGUGCUGGGAACAGGCUGGGCCGGCACUAGCUUCCUCAAGGACCUCGACAUCUCAUCCUGUGAUGUUCAGGUCGUCUCGCCCCGGAACUAUUUCGCAUUCACUCCUUUGUUACCUAGUGUCACUUGUGGAACAGUUGAAGCUCGGAGUAUCGUAGAGCCGGUUCGGAAUAUCGUUAAGAAGAGAAAUGGAGAAAUCCGUUUCUGGGAAGCGGAAUGCCUUAAGAUCGAUGCUGCAAACAACAGAGUCAUGUGCCGGUCAAAUAUUGAGAACUUGGUGGGAAAUAGAGAGUUCUCUUUGGAGUAUGACUACUUGGUCGUAGCGGUGGGAGCCCAAGUGAAUACCUUUAACACUCCUGGCGUCAAGGAGAAUUGUUACUUCCUGAAGGAAGUAGAGGAUGCACAAAAGAUACGUGCUGGUGUCAUAGACUGUUUUGAGAAGGCAGUCCUUCCUGGCCUGAGUGAAGAAGAGCGGAGAACAAAUCUUCACUUCGUGAUUGUUGGUGGUGGUCCAACUGGUGUGGAAUUUGCUGCCGAGCUACAUGACUUCUUCCAAGAAGAUCUUGUCAAAUUAUACCCUAUGGUUAAAGAUUUAGUGAAAAUUACAAUGGUCCAGUCAGGAGAUCACAUUUUAAACAUGUUUGAUGAGAGAAUCAGUUCAUUCGCGGAGCGGAAGUUUCAGAGAGAUGGUAUCGAAGUUCUAACUGGUUGCCGGGUUCUUGAUGUUUCCGAGAAGGCAAUCACCAUGAAGAAUAAAGCCAAAGGAGAGACUAGCUCUGUUCCUCACGGUUUGGUCGUCUGGUCAACAGGUGUGGGGCCCCGUCCUCUUGUCAGAGACUUCAUGGAGCAAAUUGGGCAGCGUAAACAGCGAAUACUUGCAACUGAUGAAUGGCUGCGGGUAAAGGGAUGUGAAAACGUGUAUGCGCUUGGGGAUUGUGCUACUAUAGAUCAACGCAAAAUUAUGGAAGAUAUCUCAGCCAUUUUCAAGGCCGCGGAUAAAGACAAUUCUGGCACCUUAACAGUGAAAGAAUUCCAAGAUGUGAUUGAAGACAUUGUUAUACGCUAUCCUCAAGUGGAUCUUUACUUGAAAAGCAAGCAUUUGAUGGACGUGACUGAUCUGCUAAGAGAUCCUGAGGGCCGUGAAAGGGAUGAGGUGGAUAUUGAAGGAUUCAAGUUAGCACUCUCUCACGUCGAUUCACAAAUGAAGAGUCUACCAGCUACAGCCCAGGUGGCUGCUCAACAAGGUGCAUACCUCUCUCAUUGUUUUAAUCGCAUGGAGCAGUGCGCAGAAAACCCUGAAGGUCCUCGGCGGUUUAGAAGCACUGGGCGCCACGCCUUCCGUCCAUUUCAGUACAAGCAUUUCGGGCAGUUUGCACCUUUAGGAGGAGAACAAGCAGCUGCCGAGCUGCCUGGGGACUGGGUUUCGAUGGGUCAUAGUACUCAAUGGCUCUGGUAUUCUGUAUAUGCUAGCAAACAAGUAAGCUGGCGCACGAGGGUGUUGGUUGUAUCUGACUGGACUCGGAGAUUCAUCUUUGGGAGAGAUUCAAGCCGUAUAUGAGGGGCUACACCGGUUAUAUGCAGCUGAAUUUUUCAAAAUGGAGUCUCUCUUCUUUGAGAUAGCUUCAUCCUCCGGCCAUUGCGAUUUCUUUCCAUUGGUCUAGUCUCGAUUGAGUUGCAGGAUCUUUACUGUAGAAGUGGUAAAUGAGCCCUGCUUUCCGUACAUAUCGAGUUUGGAUCUUGCGUGAUGAUGAUGAAAAUUUAUCCCCUUGUAAGCACUUGGUAGUGCACUGCAGUGGAAUGGAAGACUCAGUGAGCACUUUUGUGCCAUUUCUAUAAGCAAUAUUGCUGUUAUCUUAAUAAUUAUUUUUGUCAUAACACGAAAAUAAUUGUUAGGGAUUAUAUUAAGCGUGUAUGGAACUAUAGAUGAUUAUCGAAUCCGAGCAGUCGCGUUACAAA